AUGCGUUUAAUUGGACAAUUAAGGCAUCAUUUACCAUAUGGAUACUUUAGAAAACCCAUUGGAGCUCCUGUGACUGUACCUUGUUUGAUCAACUUAUUUGGGGUGACUAGAAACUUUGCUCAACCUGCAUUAAAAGAGGAAGAAGGGGAGGAAGAAGUAGAGAUAGACCAAAGAAAACUUCCAGCUGAUUAUAAUCCUGAAACUUUUGAUCCCACAGAGCAUCGCAGUCCCCCCACGGAAAGAGUAUGGAGACUUGUUGAUGAAAUAUCUGAACUCACACUGGUUGAAACUGCAGAGCUCUCUUCUAUUAUGAUGAAGAAGUUGGGGAUGAAAGAGCUGCCAGUCGUGGGGGUCAUGAAGCCAGGUGCUGCUGGAAUGGCUUCAGUGGCAAUGAAGGCAUCAACGGCAGCCAAGGAAGAAAAGAAACCAGAAAAAACAGCUUUUGAGCUGAAGAUAGAGUCUUUUGACUCAGCUUCAAAACUCAAGGUAAUUAAGGAGAUUCGGAGUUUUACUGAUUUGGGACUAAAGGAAGCAAAGGACUUGGUGGAGAAGGUGCCCGCCGUGCUUAAGAAGGGGGUGCCAAAAGAAGAAGCUGAAAAAAUUAUUGAGAAGAUGAAAGCAGUUGGGGCUGUCGUUGUUAUGGAAUGA